AUGGCUCCAUUACAGCAAUGUCUGGACCAUUUAAUCCUCUUCGUCCCUGCCAACCCGACCACGCAACUACCCGAAGUACCACCGUUCUUCUCAGACAACUUCACACUUACCCCAGGAGGCUUCCACGCCGAUGGCGCCACAUCGAACGUCUUGAUACUUCUCGCGGACGGAUGCUACAUCGAGCUCAUUUCCUUUAUCAAUCCGUCCCUCGCACGCGACCAUUGGUGGGGUCCAGACGCCGACUUCGUAGGGUGGAAAGACUGGUGCCUGACAAAUUCUCUUACACCUGAGAAGAACCGCACAUGGAUGACAGAGAGUUAUUCGGAGCCGAUCAAAGGUGGAAGGAAAAGAGCUGAUGGUGUUGAUGUAGCGUGGGCUGUCACUUUUCCCAAAGGAGAGAAGGGGGGUCAGGGUAUCAGAGGCAAGGUGCCGUUCUUCUGCCACGAUGUCACGCCGCGUAAUGUUCGUGUGCCGCUGGACAAGGCGAGGACUGCACAUCCGUGUGGCGCGCUGGGGGUCAGACAAUUUAACAUCAUUGUGCGGGAUCAGGCUAUGCUCGACGAGACAAAGACUGUGUACGAAAGCAUCAUCGGUUAUGCUGGAAGAGAAGACUAUGGGGAAAUCAGCUUCUUGCUUGGACGCGUGCAGCAAGUUGAAAGGCUCAAGGGUGGCGCGGAAAUUGUGCUACGCUUGCCGAAGAACGAGGAAGAGCGGAAGCGCAUCGCAGAACGGGUAUUCUGGUAUGGAGAUGUCGUUCUCGCGACAGAUGCGAAGGCUGGAAAGGCGGGAGGUACCCGGGAGAGACUGGAUGGUGGAGAAGGAGAGAGUGACGUUGGCGGGAUUUGGCUGGAUGCCAAAGAUCACAACCAGGCCCUCGUAUCUAUCCUGAAAGACCUUCGUCUGCGCGUCAGCGAUGAUGACAGGCGCAAAAUCGAAGAUGUCCUCCAAGACUCAGAUGAUGAGGUCGAGUCUCCCGUCUCCAUAUCCUCUUCUUCACGAGCAUCCGCCGCUCACCACUACCAACAACACUCGCGCAUGAACCCUUUUGCCUCGUCAUCUAGCCAUGUGCCGGUCGCAGCAGGAUCAUCGUCCACUUCUGACCAAUCGCCCCUCCCACGACUGGAUGGUAUUGUACCCGAAGAAUCUGGAGAUGAACAAGACGGCGAACAGCCUGAUAUAGUUGAAGCAGGCUUCCUGGGCCAGAUCUCGGAAGCACAAUGGCUGCAGAGCCUCCGAAGCAGGGUGCAGGCCUUCGAGACCGUCGUUGAUUCAGGUGACUCCACCACGCAACUCUUCCACGCACCUUCGCCGAAUUUCGAUGCAUCACCCACGCCCAUCUCCGCGUUUCCGCUCCAACAAAUAUCCCCCACAAAUUAUUAUCUCGAUGAUGAAGACAUCAAACUCACCAACUUUGGGAACCCUUUUGACCUUCCACAAGAACAUAUUGCAGCGCUUUUGUUCCAAUGUUAUGCCCGGACCAUCCAGGGCUCCUUUCCCAUCCUUCUGGGAAAGAUCGAACAAGAACUGCACCAAUACUACACCCUGCUUUACACUGGUCAGGCGAUACACUACCCGCAGAGAUGGUUUGCGCUUGUCAACCUCGUCUUUGCCAUAGGUGCGAAAUUCUCACACCUCAUCCAGGCCGAUUGGCGAAAUGAAGACCUGGAUCAUGUUGUCUACUCCUUAUACGCUCUGGAGAGCCUGCUCAGUUCAAUCACGGGCCGGCCGAGUAGCAUAUCCAACGAAGACAUAACCACGCCUCUUCCCGGUGCCUUUGGUUUCGACCAAACGCAACAUGCCGGCGUAGUCAAUGCCGAUAUUCUGAAUGCCGACAUCGACCUGAACCUUUUAACCCAACAGAUCAUCGUUAACUUAUACACCCAACGUAAAUCAACACCAUCAUGGGGCUACCUGCAGCGAACUGCCGUCUCACUAGUCGCCGAUCUCGACAAAUGGGCCGUCGACCAUAUCCCUGAAUUUUACUCGCAGGAAUGGAAUCCUGGGCAAAUGCCACAGCGCGAGGUAUUCUUGCUGAAGCUCCAAUACUGCCGGCUGAAGAUACUGACCACCUGUCCCUUCCUACGUCGUAUCGAAAGAUGUUUGGAGGUGGGAAUCGACGGCUUCAAUGCGCUCGACGAGUCAAUGGCAGAGGCAUGUGUACGAGCGGCACAGGACGUUGCCUCUCUGCUGGCAUCGGAGCCUCACGUAAAGAGUCUAUAUGAGAGAGGACCGUGGUGGAUCAUCGUCCAUAACAUCAUGCAAGCACUCGCCGUACUCAUGAUCGCCAUUUCCUGCCCAGGCCACCACUUCCGCGAUUCUCUCCCCGUCUCUUGCCAAAGCGUUCGCCAACUCGUCUCUUGUCUCCGCGGCAUGCGUGAGACCAACAAUCUAGCUGCCCGCGCCUAUCAAUUCAUCUACUCGAUAGUCAAGACGAGUAAACCGUUUAUUUGGGACGAUAUAGCAGACGCGUUUCCCAAUGAGGAUAUUUUGGUACUGCAGCAGCCUGCAGCGGGAAGAGUCGAUCCCAAGUACUCGCCGUGGCCUGACAACGAUCAGCCGAUUGAGGCGCUGUUCAAGUAUGAGGUGGAUAAACAUGGGGCUUACCAUUUCCAGGUGUUGUGA